AAGCGGUAAAUCCCAAGCCCCCAAACGCAGCGCUGACAAAAUCAUAACGUGCGAAAUUCGAAUCCAACAAAAUUUAAUAAAGAUGAGAGCAGUAGGUGACGGAAAACGACGACGUAUCCCCCUCGGGUGCUGCCCGAAGCGGCCGAGCCGGUCCAUUUCCCCAACGCCUUCGUCUUCAUCCCUUAGCGCCGCCUCCUCCUCCUACCAUUCAAAAUAAAAACAAAACCGCCACUGUCCAAAAUUAGAAAGAAGAAAAAAAAAAACUCAGAGAGGAAAAAUCGCCGAGUCGACUCAGUAUUGUUAAUUUGCAUUCGAGCGGAGGUUUGAAUUGGUUUGGUUUUAGUGAGCUGGAUGAAUGGUGAAUGAUUUUUAUGGAAAAUGGCAUGCCAAAUGAUACAUUCGUGGAAAUUUAACGAGCUAGUCGGUGCAUUUCUUGAUCUUGCAAUAGCCUAUCUUCUACUAUGUGCCGCGGCAGUUGCCUACUUUACCUCGAAAUUUGUUGGUCUGUUUGGGUUUUGUCUGCCGUGCCCUUGUGAUGGGUUUUUUGGACCCCAAGGAAAAGUGACUGCUUUCAGAGGCAAUUUGCGGAUCCCCCGUGUGAGAAAAUCUCUUCAGUUCUAUGGUCGGUUAGGAGCAAGUUCCCUCUCAAUGUUAUAUGGGAUGAAGACCCAAAUUUCCAUUCAAAGUUGAAGUCCCUAAAUGAGGCAAAUGGGAGUUUUGCGUUUGAAGGUGAAGCGUCAUGUAGCUCAUUUUCGGUGGCUGAGAAUGAACACAGUGUUGAGUCUGGUGUAGGCAACUUGGCUGCUGGGAAGGAACAGAGUUUUGAUCUUAAGGCAAAGAAGGUUGCAAGUCGAAGGCCGAGACUUCGGCGCCGCCGCAGAGGGGGCUCUGUUGAUUAUGGAAAUUCAUCAUCAGUUUCAUCAUAUGAUAUGUUCCAGUCCGCUGCACAGGACAAUCCUACAUCUCCUUCCAGCAUUAGUAAAAUGGGAAAUGAGGUUACUGAAGUUUUUGUAAAUUCAGAUGGCAUCGAAGCUCCUACAGAUAUGAGUUCGCCGGAAAGCGUUUCACGUGUUGGGUUUAAUGAACAUGUUGAUGAAAUAAAAUCAGUGGAGAAGGAUGGAUCACUUGUUGAAGAUUCUGGAUCCAAUGCAGGAGAGAAACUAGGUUUUGACAGUAAUGAGACAACUACAAUUAGAGUACUGGAACAGGCACUCGAAGAAGAGCAUGCUGCUCGUGCUGCUCUGUAUCUUGAACUGGAGAAGGAGAGAAGUGCCGCUGCCACCGCUGCAGAUGAGGCCAUGGCCAUGAUAAUGCGCCUGCAAGAGGAGAAGGCAUCAAUAGAAAUGGAGGCAAGGCAGUACCAAAGGAUGAUAGAGGAAAAAUUUGCUUACGAUGCUGAGGAAAUGAACAUUCUUAAAGAGAUCUUAAUUAGGAGGGAGAGGGAAAAGCAUUUCUUGGAGAACGAAGUUGAGCAAUACAGGCAAAUGUUUUUUGGAGAUGAUCGAGUGGAUUCAAGUGAGGACCAGGUACCAAAGCUGGAAUUGGAACAUAGUUCUCCAGAUUAUGCGGUCCCAUCUACCAAAAUAAAAGAUUAUACUCUUACUUUUGGUAAAGAACUACCAAUUCUGGAUUUGGAUGAAGAUUCUGACUCUUUGAAGCGGGUGGACAUGCAUUUGCAUCCAAGCAUAGAGAGUCAUUCACAUUUCUCAAGUAGUUCCAAUAAGUUCAGUCACGAGUUUCAAGAAAAGGAAAUAGUGUCUAUGGAUGAGAAACCUUCUUCUCAAGGAAAAGAGCUCCAGAAGCUAGAGGUAUAUCAACAACGCAGCCUGUCACCUAGUCCCGGGGGACUCAGUUUCCGUAAAAGUACUAGCCCUCCGUAUAAGCAGGAACUGAAUUUAGAUGCUAGCACUAGCAUAUGGGAAGGGUUGGCUUCAAAUACAUCUGGGACUGGCAAUGAAAAUAGGAAUCCUAUUCCAUCCAAUAAUGAUAAAAGAGACAAGCAAGGGAACAACCAGGAUGAGGGCAGCAGAGAUCCACGUAGCACAGUGUUGAAUACAGAGCCUAGUGUUCUUGAUGUUCAUGUUAUUGAUGAUAAGUCUCAUCUGUCCAAUGCAGAGAAAAGUGAACGCGAUAUGCCAACCACGAUUGGGUUGAAAAAUCAGCGCAAAAUCCAGAGAGUUAGUUCAGACACGUCUAAUGUAUUUCUCACAAUGGAUUGCCCACGAGGCAGAUCUUUACCUUCUGAUAUGCGGAGAUAUUCAAUGUCUGCAAUUGAUUAUGAAAGAUAUAAAAUUGAUAAUGAAGUUGAGCAGCUUGGAGAAAGGUUAAGGAUUGUGCAAGAGGGAAGAGAGAAGCUCAACUUCUCAGUGGGGCACAGAGACAGGGAAAGGAUUCAGCUGCAACUUUUGGAGGAUAUUGCAAGCCAUCUUAGAGAGAUACGGCAGUUAACAGAACCUGGAAAAGCUGAGGGCCAGGCUGCAAUGCUGCCUCCAUUAUCUAAGGUCAUGUCCAAGAAAAGACGUUGGCGGACUUUACCUCUACAAGUGCAUACAAGUUCUUAAAAAACGUUGCAGUUCUUCUACAAAUACAAGUAACAGCGGCAAAACUGGUUAUGUUGACUUCGGGCAUUGCAAGGAAGCUCAUUCAGCGUAGUUACACCUGUUCAAGUGUUUGUUCUGGCUGGGUACCUAGUCUCAACUCUUUUCAGUUGCCUAGUUUUCGUUUGACGCAUAGAUAGAGAAGACCGAAUAAGUAAUGCAGGAUCCUUUUUCAUGGGAGCCCUGUAAUGCCGGGGAUGGCUGGUUAGUGACUACUAGGAGGUAUAUACUAGUUUCAUUUUAAUGGUAUAGUAUUAUGGUUUUGACCGUGUUUUAGUACGGUAGGUUCCACUUGAGAAGCGAAUUUUCGUUUAUCGCAUUUCAGUGUCACUUGGGAAGCAACAUCUUCUCUUUUCGGCAUAACGAGAAGCAAAAUUUUUAUCA